AUGGAAGGUGCAAGUGAUUUCCAAUUUGGUAAUCAGAUCAUUUUGAUAAUUGUUUCUCCUCUUCUUCUUAGUGUGAAGACUCGUGCUGUAAGAAUGCCCCCUGGUUAUCAAGCAGAACUUGUUAUUCAAUUGUUGUGUGUAGAUGGUGAGCUUCCUCAACAAAUAACCAGCCUAGCAAUGAAUUCAGCCUAUGGAUUAAUUGCAUUUGGAAACUGCAAUGGUCUGGUUGUUGUAGAUUUUAUGCAGAAGACUAAACUGCUGAGCAUAGGAAGCUUUGACCUCUAUGGAUCGAGUGAUCCCUAUCAGCGCCAACCUCGUUCUCCUCGCAGAAGCAAGCAAUUUAGCGCAGGUGUCACAGAGAUACUGGAUGGUCCAUUUCCAAUGGAGCUGGAGCGGUGCAGGUCCCCCACAGCUUCAGAUUCUUUAAAUGGACACUGUACAAAUCCAACUUCCCUAACUUGCAGUUCUGGAAAACGACUGUCCAGUGCAGAUGUUUCCAAAAUCAAUCGUCGUGCUCCUGGAAAGCCUCCAUUUAGGAAAGCACAGUCUGCUGCUUGCAUGGAGAUCUCUUUGCCCAUCACAUUGGAAGAAAACAGAGAGAACUCAUUCAGUCCUUCUCGAAGUUCUAGCAUCUGCAGUAUUGACAAAGAAUCUAAGGAAGCAAUCACAGCUUUAUAUUUCAUGGAGUCAUUUUCACGGAAAAAUGACACAUCUUUGUCUCCUUGCCUUUGGGUUGGAACAGGCCUGGGUGUAGUCUUGACUCUUUCCCUUCACCUUCCCACUGUCGAUGAAUUAAGGCCAACGGACCCAGUAACAAUUUCACUCAGUGGUACAAUUUUGUCACUAAAAGGAGCAGUGUUAACCUUUGCUUGCUUGGACUGCAUGGGAACAUUAAUACAUCCUCCCUAUGAAGCAUGGAAAGAUCCAAAUGCCACUGAGGAUAGUGAAAGAACCAAUAAAAGGAAACCUGUCCUUCAUUCUUCAUGCUCCCAGAACACAGGAGACCACCAGCUUGCCAUUAUCUGCUCAGAGAAACAAGCCAAAGUAUUUUCAUUGCCUUCCCAGAUAUGCCUCUAUGUUCACAACAUCACAGACACAUUAUUUUUGCGAGCAGAUGUGGUGACCCUCUGUAACAGUGUUUGCUUGGCAUGUUUUUGUGCCAAUGGGCAUAUCAUGAUACUGAGUUUACCCAGCCUUCGCUCGCUGCUAGAUGUGAAUUAUUUGCCUGAAACAGAUACAAGGAUUGCCCGGACCUUUUGUUUUACCAAUGAAGGACAAGCUUUGUAUCUUGGUUCUCCAACAGAAGUCCAGCGACUGAACUAUAGCCAGGAAAUGUUUGACCAUCUGCAGGACAUGCUUGGUGAUUUGUUCAUUCCCAUGGACACCCCAGAGGCCCAAUACAGAGGUUUUCUGAAGGGGCUAUUUGGUGGAACUGGUGGAACACUUGACCGAGAAGAUCUGUGUAAGUGUUUUUCCCCAUAAAAUGCAUCACAAAAAAUAGGAAUCAAAGGAAAAUAUAAAAAAUGAAAAUAAAUAGAAUAAAAUUGUGAUAGUAUAACACUGGCCUUUCUGAAAUGGUUGUUCAAAACUAAUAUCUGAACAAUGUUGCAAAUGUUGUUCAAAUGGAUAAUUUAAAUUAUACAUUUAACACCAAAAUUUAAACGUUCUAAAAAGUUGCUAUGUAUCUCUGUGCUAAAUGCUACGAUGGAGGUACUGAAUGCCUGUUAUGUAUCCAAAGAUA